AUGCUUUUCUUAUUAUUCGAUUCUUGCAUAAAUACAAACGUAGAUGGUAUAUUUAAAAAAGUCUAUGAUGACCGUAUUAUUGUACUUGAUACGUUUGGAUCAUCAUACCAACGGAUAAACGGAACAUUGAAAUUAACAAAGCCAGAAUACGCGAUUUACCCUUGGGACAAGAAUUAUGAUUGGUGCUCAAGUUGUGGAAAGUCUUAUGAUGAACAUCCUUACAUAACAUUCCACUUAAAAAACAGACUUUUUAAAAUCAAUGGAUAUUUCGUCAGAGCUGGAUGCUGCUAUACAACUCUCUGCUGCUGCCAGUAUGAUAAAUACAAGUGUUUUGACUGCUGUUUAUACUCCUGGUCGCUACAAAUCUCAGAUGACAACAAAACAUGGAAAGACAUUCACAAAAUCGAAAAAGAUUCCGAAAUGAGAAGAUGCAAUGAGAAAACAUAUAACUUAGAUAGAUCAUAUACUGCUAAAUACGUAAGAUUAAUACAAAACGACCCUUGCCCGAACCAACCUCCUUGUCUAGCAAUAAAUAGAAUAGAUUUCCUUGGAGAAGUAAUAACUGAUAGCCAAAUUGAUGGCGAAAAUGAUUUUGUUUCAUACCAUGACGAUGAUGACGACAUAAGUAUUAUUGGACAUAUUUCUAAAAACAGAAAUAUCGAAAUGAAAUAA